CCGCUGACGUCUACGCCUGCGAAACCACGUACAUCAGCGAAAUGGAGGACUGUGAAUCUAAGGAACCCGAGCAGCUCAGGAAACUCUUCAUCGGAGGGCUGAGCUUCGAAACCACGGAGGAGAGUUUACGGGCCCAUUUUGAGCAAUGGGGAAGCCUCACGGACUGUGUGGUGAUGAGGGACCCCAGCAGCAAGCGGUCGAGGGGCUUCGGCUUUGUAACGUACGCCUCCACGGUGGAAGUCGACGAGGCCAUGAAGAUGAGGCCGCACAAAGUGGACGGCCGCGUCGUUGAACCCAAGAGGGCCGUGUCCAGAGAGGACUCCAACAAACCCGGUGCCCACAUGACGGUGAAAAAGAUCUUUGUCGGUGGAAUCAAGGAGGACACCGAGGAGUACCACAUCCGGGAGCAUUUUGAGAAAUACGGGAAGAUUGAAUGCAUCGACAUCAUGGAGGAACGCUCCACCGGGAAGAAGAGAGGGUUCUGCUUCGUCUCCUUUGAUGACCACGACACUGUUGAUAAAAUAGUCGCUCAGAAGUUCCACUCAAUCAACUCCCACAAUUGUGAGGUCAGGAAAGCUCUGUCAAAACAGGAAAUGUGCGCCAUGUCCAAUGACAGAGCAACCUUGUUCAUAUCAGACAGGAGUGGAGGAUCCGGGAACUACAUGGGCAGAGGGAGUAAUUUUGGAGGUGGUGGCAACUUCAGUGGUGGCAGAGGUGGCUAUGGUGGAGGCAGAGGGGGUUACGGUGAUGACUUUGACAAUGGUUCAGGAGGAAAUUAUGGAGGAGGUCAAGGUUAUGGAGGAGGCCGAGGAGGCUACGGAGGUGGUGGCCCAGGGUACGGCAGCCAGGGAGGAGGAUAUGGUGGCUGCGGCGGCGGCGAUGGAGGCUAUGGAGGCAAUGGUGGAGGUUAUGGAGGAGGUGGAAAUUACAACGAUUUUGGAAAUUAUGGUGGACAGCAGUCCAGCUAUGGGCCCAUGAAGGGAAACAACUUUGGUGGCAGAAGCUCGGGUGGACCAUAUGGAGGUGGCUACAACUCUGGUGGUGGCGGCAGUGGUGGUGGUGGCAGCUACGGCUCGCGGCGGUAUUAAAUAUUUCAUGUUUCGGCUUCAGUUCUUAGCAGGAGAGGCGAGGAGGUGAGCAAAGGAAUGGUCAGGAAAGCUGCAGGUUACUUUGAGGCAGUCAUCUGAAAGCAUUAGAGGAACACACAAGUCAGACUUUACUGAUGCAAGAAGGACUGUAUACACAAGACAUGAGUGCAGAUGAUACCCUUCCCUAAUUGUGAUAGAUGUUUCCCGACGAAGACAUUUUCCUUUUGUGCGCUGAAGUGUGUGUAUAUUGUGCCUAUGGUAUCAGGAGUGAAGAUUAAAUUGUUGUUUUUGUUUUUGUUUUUUAUUAAGUCCGAUCUUAACAUCUGCUGGGCAAUUAAUUUUGUCUUUUAAUUUGGUUUUUGUCAAAUAACAUAGUUGCAUCAGGCCCUCAGAUGAGCUAGAAUUACACCACUUUGCUUUCUCACGUUAUUAUGAGUGCUCAAUUCCAAGUGUCAAGUGUAUUUUUGAUUUUUUGAUUUUUUUUUUGAAUGUGAAGCACAGUAUGUAAAUGGUUCAUAGUACCAAUGUCAAACUCAUGAGGAUCUGGAUUAGAUUUAAGGGAAUCCCUCACUCUUCUUGUUCCUAGCAAACCGAAUUCUAGAUUUGUUCCAAUAUUUUGAUUAGUAGAAAAAGAGUGAAUAAAACUGUGUAGUAAAGUAACACAAGGUUCAGUGCGUCAUUGGUUCAGAAAAAAAAGAUGAAAUGAGUUGUUAUCUGUUGUCUUCUCUUUAAUCAAUGUGAAGUUUAGCAAACCAGUCUGUCCAGAACUCUCUUCACCUGCUGGGAGUUUUUAUUUCAGAUGUAAUGUGGGUGAAUGCAGUGUGUAUUCAUAUUCAAUGUAUUUACUUGAAUGAAGGUCAAUGACAAGGGAGUCUUGGGUAGUCCUAGUGCAAGGGCCCAUACAACACAUAUGCCAGUGUUGAGCAAGUAGGAGUUUAACAGCCACAAGCACCUGCAGUCUGGCCCUCAGCAUCGCUAGUGUGGAAGACUGCAGAUGACUGUCAGACAGGACGUCUUCAGCCCCCAGCACAGUGGACCAGUCAGCAUUUUGAGAGAGAAAGGAGAAGGCAGCAUCGACGCCCAUGGAGGAAGCUUGCAGUGUCGGGCCUGGUAGUGAGCAUCAAUCAUCAUUGUUUUCCAGGCUAGCUAAACCCUUCAGCAGCCGGUGCUAGCGAAGAAAGACUAGUUCCCGGACACACUGGAGAUCCACUCUUUAAGUCAGAGAUACUUCAGUUUUGCCAGCCAAUGCUAGAGUUGAGACAUUAACAAGGAAAGGGAGUGAGUAUAUUUCACAAAAAGCUGACUUUAAGAAGAUGGAGCAGGUAAGAGUAACCACUUUGCUUGAUUUACAGAUUUGGAAAGAGUCUUCUUGCUGAAAAUCUGUACAGACCUGAUAACAUGGAAGGUUCUGGAUGGGUAAGACUUUUUACAAAUAUUAUCCCAAGGCAGCUCAUAUUGUUAUAUUAACAGUGCAUAUGUUAUAAGGUCUUCUAAGGUAAAGUGAGCAGGAUGCUCAGUUUACCUAUGACCAGUAUACUUCCAUCUAACCAGAAUCGGCCUGAGACCUUGACCAUACUGCUUGGUUUACCUAUAGUAGUGUUAUUAUAUUUUAUUCUCAGCCAAUUCUGAUCAAUUUGAUAGUGAUGAAACACUCCAAUUAACAAUGCAAGAGCUAAAAGCUUCGAAUUUAUUAUAGAAAAGAAGCACCAGAUAUUAAUAUUAUACAAUGUGGAACUAAUAAAUGGCUUUUAUUCUUGGAAAAAAAAGGGAAGGGUCAACGUAAUCAGUGGUUGUCAAAACAAUUUGGUUUAACUGGCAAACAAGUUAAUCUAUUCAUUAGACUAAUAGCAAGUUAUCAGUCAAGUGAUAAAACUGUCUAUAUUAAUCAAGUCCUAAAAGUCACAAGGUCCUUGUUAUCGCCUCUGAUCAGUGAGUGGUAAAGAGAAAAGAAAAACAUAUUGCUCAAGAGCGGCUCGAUCAAUGAUAAGAGUGCACAUAACAGUAUAAUAAACUAGUGUUUCAUACAUUUAAGAGUUGGAGCACUUAAAUGAGCUGGUUGUUAAGGCAACAGCCCAACAGAGUCAGAAAGAGAAGUCAGAUCACCCGAAAAGCUGAACCGAAAACAUGUCGUGUGUGAAGACGACUACCUCAACUGAGAGCAACUCCAAUCACAAGUUCAACUGCUGGUAAGAAACAGGAACAUGGCAGGGAAUAAUAACUGGUUAUAAAGUAAUCAGCAUUCUGUAAAGGAAGUGUUAGCUAUAAACUUUACUAUGGCACAUUUGAUUGAACCUAUUUUGAUAAUUCAAAAUAGGUUCAAAUCUCAAGGGUAGUUUACUCUUAAAAAUGCGAACUACUGAUCAGCUCUUGCUGAGGUAUUUAAGGAUAAAGCAAUAAUUUCUCAUGUCUUUAAGUUAUUUAGAUUUUGUAUAAUUUUUUCCUUUUAAAAUGAAUACCCCUCAAAAAGCAUCUUCAACCUUCAAUAAACUGAGAAUGAGUGAGAUAUGUUUUGGUUUCUGUUGUAGAAGUAAAAUCCACAAAUAUGCUGCUUUAAAGUUUCCUUUUUUUAGCAUUUUGUAUUUGAAAGGAUUCACACAGAGGCAGGUCACGUUAUUCUCACAUGGGAAAAGACAAAGACAUGUUUGGCAACCAGUUACAGGGUGAGGUUUCUACUGAGCAAUGUAGAAUGACGACUUAAUUACACAUAAAAGUGUAAUGAAGGUGGGCUUGGUGAAAGCUCAUCAGUAUCAGUGAACAGCUGUUGGUUUAAAUGAUGUGAAUGGAAAUGUAUUGUGUGUUUUAUGUUCUUAAAUAAAAACUUUUUUCUUGA